AGACAGAGAAGAAAGAAAGAAAGAAAGAAAGAAAGAAAGAAUGGAGUCAAACCACAACAUGGAACCACCACUCUGCGCUAAUGACUGUGGCUUCUAUGAAACAGUACAGAAGCGGAAUUUAUGCUCCAAAUGUUACAAAGAAUACCAAGAGCAAGAAGAGCAUGCAAUAAAAGCAGUGACUUCUUCCAUAGACCAGCUUUCUUUGGUUGCUGAAACUGUUGUAGAUUCAAGCGAUGAAGCUGCUUCAACAAGCACAAAGAAUCGAUGCACUAGCUGCAACAAGAGGCUAGGAUUAACGGGGUUCAACUGCCGUUGUGGGUAUGUGUUCUGCAGGUCGCAUAGAUACCCUGAAGACCAUGCUUGUACUAUUGAUUUUAAGGGACUUGGCCGUCAGCUUUUAAUCAAGCCUGAUAAAUUGCAAGAUAGGAUCUAG